CUUCGUCAUCCACAGCAGGCCGCGCCUUACAAAUACCACCAUCCAUUUCCAUCUCCCUCCUCCUUCCUCAUCUCUCCCCGCUACACCCCCAGUGCCCUCAACGGAAGGUCCUGUACUUUUGUCGUUCUAGAAACACCGAUACGCUUUAGCUCAUUAACACGCCCCGCUGCGACGUCCACAGUUCGACAGCCCAUCCCGCGCAUCUACUUUCACACUGUCUGUCAAGACAGCCUCACUCGUAACGUCUCGACUGGCACGCAAAUUUCUAUCAGACAGCGACUCCUCUCCGACGAGCCCCCCGUCACCUGCCUCGCCGUCUGUUCUGGUACCCCUUUCAGACACGGCACUCCCGACACUUGAGCGACUGCAGCUUGCUCCCAGCAUCGCCUCUACCCUUUUCUCCAAGCAAUCGCCCUCCAACCACUCUUCUGCCUCGUCGCGCCAGUCGACAAACACUUCAGGCUCUCACUCUGGGUCCCACCGGUCGCCCAGUAUUCCCUAUCUGCCUCUUUCUCGACAGCGAAAGGUAGUGGCAAACGUCAAAAGCAUUUCUGGCGCCACUCUCGAAGACGACUACGAGACCGCGCUGCACAAACUGGAAAAGGCCGAUAUACAAGGCGACAUGUUGUCUAGCUUCAAACGUGAGUGCUUUCUCCGGCUGGCUGUCCCCUGUUUGCGAGUGCCUGCGCCGUCGUUUUCGCCCGCGCCAUGUCCUCUGCGUUUGGCGCGGCGGGACCAAAUGCGGGACCAACUGGGGUUGAUCGAUGUUGAGCAAUCGCGAUGACGAGGGGGGUCUGUGCGCGAAAGGACCCGCUCCACACUUGACAAGCACUUUUUGUUUCUCUUAUCCAUUCCAUCUCUGCCAUGUCCCCGCGACCGCGCUCCUCAUGUCUUUCUUUGCUCCCUCGCGCGCUCAGCCCUCUUCCUCUUCCACCUCCCCCUUCCUCCCCUCCCCCUCCCGCGCACUCUCCCCUGUUCUCAUCCCGUCCACCUCUACCACAGACAGAGCGCUGACUUCCCCUCCCCUGCCCAUCUCCUUCCGCCAUCCUCUCCACGCAUCCUCGCCACCCAAACCCAUCCCCAUCCCCGGCUCGAACGACACCUCGCCCGUCCGCUCUCGCCCGACUCGCAUACCCUCCAUUUUUCGUCGCCGCUCGUCGUCCACCACAAUCGACUUUCUCGCUCGCUUCCCUCUCACCCGCCAUCGCCAAUCAUCAGAAAUCCUCCGCCACGGCAAGCACGCCCAAACGGCGUCUCCUGGUGCCCAGCCCAACGAGGGUAAAUCCAGCCGGUCAUCCAGAUCUUCCCAGGUUCCCACGCAACAACCCAUAUCACCGCAAAAAUCUCGCCACCACGAUGACGCACAGCGAUUAGCCGCCCACCAGGCGCAAAUCGCUCAGCAACAACAACAACAACAGCAGCAGCAGCAGCAGCAGCAGAGGGUUCCCGUCGCCUCUCCCAACUACCGAGAAGAAGCCGAAAAGAUUGUUGCCGACGAGCGUGCUCAGAAUGACAAGAUGCCUCAGUAUCCCGGACUCGAAGAGUAUCGUUUGGUAGAAAAGAUGGGCGACGGUGCCUUUUCCAACGUCUACAAGGCCGUCGACCGCAAGUCUGGUAUCAAGGUCGCUGUCAAGGUCGUUCGCAAGUACGAACUAAAUCAGUCUCAGCACGGCAACAAGCAUUUGAACGCCAAAUUUCAGAAACGACCAAGAGUCACCGAGCGUGCCAACAUCUUGAAAGAAGUUCAGAUCAUGCGCGGUAUCGACCACCCUGGCGUCGUCAGGCUACUCAAAUUCUUCGAGAGUGAUGAGCACUACUUUUUGGUACUCGAGCUCAUGGAGGGCGGUGAACUGUUCCACCAGAUUGUCAAACUCACAUAUUUCUCCGAAGCUCUGUCGCGACACGUCAUUGUCCAAGUCGCCGAGGCUAUUCGUUACCUGCAUGAGGAACGUGGUGUUGUACACCGUGAUAUCAAGCCCGAAAAUCUUCUGUUUGAACGUAUCCCAAUUAUCCCCUCCAAGAACCCGAUACAUCGCCCCUAUGAUGAGGAGAAGGAGGACGAGGGCGAGUUCCAACUCGGCAUUGGCGGUGGUGAAAUCGGCCGAGUCAAGAUUGCCGACUUUGGACUGUCCAAGAUUGUGUGGGAUGAGCAGACAAUGACGCCGUGCGGUACCGUGGGAUACACUGCUCCGGAGAUCGUCAAGGACGAGAGAUACAGCAAGAGUGUCGAUAUGUGGGCUUUGGGAUGUGUCCUCUAUACGCUAUUAUGUGGUUUCCCUCCGUUCUACGAUGAGAGCAUCAAUGUCCUUACCGAAAAGGUUGCUCGAGGUUACUACACCUUCCUGAGUCCUUGGUGGGAUGACAUUUCACAUUCUGCCAAGGAUCUCAUCAGCCACCUGCUUUGCGUCGACCCCGCUCAGCGAUACACCAUUGAUGAGUUCCUUGCCCAUCCCUGGAUCAAGGAAGCUCAACCUCCCCCUCCCCCCUCUACCCGUCUCAACGUACCGUCCAAUGCGCCCAUGGACUCCCCCCUUCUCGCUUCUAUGCGUGCUGGCAACCGCGAGGGCCGAUCUCCAGGAGUUGGCGCUCUCAAAGAAGCCUUCGAUAUCACCUACGCUGUCCAUCGUAUGGAGGAAGAAGGUGCCCGACGCCGUGCGUACAAUGGCCCUGGCGGCGCUGGUACGCGUGGAUUCUUGCAUGGGCUGAAUGAGGAAGAGGAAGAAAGUGAUGAAGCUGUGCAGGUUGAGGAGGCACGUAGAAAGCAUGGCGAGGUCGUCGCGCGACAGAUCCAAGAACAUCGAGGUCGGGCUGCUGCCAAUGCCGCUAGCGGCGUCAAGGAGCAGCCUGCUCCUCAGCAGUACGUCGGCCGAGGUGGGGCCAACAGGCGAGAGGCUGAGGCUGCGCUCUACGAUGGCCGAGCGGGGCAGAGAGAUAGGGCUGGGGGCAAGUCGCAAGGUGGCGGCGGGUUCGAGCUUGAUCUCGGGAACGCGACGCUACUCGGUCGAAGGGGCAAGAAAGUUGCACCCAGUCCUCUGGCGCAAAUGAACCAAUAAUGGCAAUCAAAAAUGGAAGAAGAGCACCAGGGGGACAGAUGGUGUCAUGAUGUGAACUUUGUACUUUAGUGUUAUGUGUUUGUUCUUUCUUUCCUCUUCGUAUAUUUGACUAUCGUCCGCCCAUAGAAUUAUUAUUAGUCUUUGAUAUCGCUCCUCUUUAUCCUUCGAUUCGACAUAGCAUGGUCUCUACCAUUUCAUGAAUACCAUUGAACCUCAG